CUAGACUCCCAUCUGUCCUUUCAGCCCCAAAUCCAAUCACUGACAAACUCAUCCGACCUCAUCGCAGGCUAUCCCCUCUUCAGUCUUUCAUGAAUGCUGCUGCCAGACUUAUCCACCUUACUAACCGUUCCAUAUCUGCCACCCCUCUCUGCCAAUCCCUCCACUGGCCUCCACCCCUCUCUGCCAAUCCCUCCACUGGCCUGCACUCCCUCCACCCCUGCCAAUCCCUCCACUGGCCUCCACUCAGUGCCCUCCACCCCUCUCUGCCAAUCCCCACUCCACUGUGUCCUCCACCCCUCUCUGCCAAUCCCUCCACUGGCCUCCACUCAGUGUCCUCCACUCUGCCAAUCCCUCCUCUGGCCUCCACU